UAUGAAUCGCUUGUAGCGAGUCAGGCACAUUCUCAGCGGAACUCCUACAUAACGAGGAUAACAUGAGACCCAAUCAUGUUUUGCGAGAGUCAGAUAUUCCAAGAUUUACUUUCUUUGCCUUUUAGAUCGCUCAUCAAAUAUGGAUCUGGACCUACCGCCUGUUGAAGUGAUGCUGGCCGCGGGGGUCACCUCCCGUAGAACGGGGGAUAUUUUAUAUCCGCAUUGCGUACGGUUUAUUUUCUGGGCGUAGUUGAUCAAUGACCCAUGCAGGUUUCAAGUCACAACCAUGAAACUCACCAGGCUAGCGGUGCUCAAUAACCUAGCAACCCUGGCUGUCGCCUGGCUUCCCACGACCGACAAGACUAUCACCUCCAGCAAUGGAACUGAUCUCUUCACAACCUCACAUGGAAAGAUUCGGGGCGUGAACUUGGGCACGCAGUUCGUGUUUGAACCUUGGAUUGCUCCGACAGCCUGGUCUGAGUUAGGCUGUGAAGAGCAGCAAUCCGAAUUUGACUGUGUGAUGAAGCUGGGCCAGGAUGCAGCCAACAAAGCUUUCGCCCAGCAUUGGAACUCAUGGAUUACCAAAGAGGACAUCUAUGAGAUCCGUAGCUACGGCCUGAACACGAUUCGCAUCCCUGUCGGCUACUGGAUGGAUGAAGAUCUGAUCUAUAACGACAGCGAGCAUUUUCCACGGGGCGGAUUUGCAUACCUCGAGAAGCUGUGUGGGUGGGCUAGCGAUGCUGGUCUGUACAUCAUUAUUGACCUGCACGGGGCCCCUGGCGCGCAGGUUGCAAAGAACGCCUUUACGGGCCAGUUCGCCGAUACGCCUGGGUUCUAUGUGGAUUUUCAAUAUCAACGGGCGCUCGAGUUCCUCGAGUGGAUGGCGAUCAAGGUCCAUACCUUGCCCAGUUUCCGGAAUGUGGGGAUGUUGGAGGUCGUCAACGAGCCGGUGCAGAACCCCGAGGUCACGGCUACGGUGCGCUCCACCUAUUACCCUAAUGCUUUCCAUACCAUCCGCAGAGUGGAAGGAGCACUCGGCAUCGACAGAAAGGACUACCUACAUAUCCAGAUGAUGGACAGUGCGUGGGGUGCCGGGGAUCCGCACGAGCACCUGACGGAUGACUACUACGCGGCCUACGACAACCACCGCUAUCUCAAAUGGGAUCCUCACGUGGAGGUCUCCAAAGACAGCUACAUCAAGGCCUCAUGUAACGACAACGUGGCGAUCAACUGGCCCGCUAUUGUUGGUGAGUGGAGCUUAGGGGUCCCCGAUAACGUGCAGGAGACACCUGAAUGGGCGCCAUAUUCCAACCUGGACUUUUACAAGACGUGGUUUGCCGCGCAGGUGAGGAACUAUGAACAGCACCAGGGGUGGAUUUUCUGGACCUGGAAGACCCAGCUAGGCGAAUAUCGGUGGUCCUACCGCGAUGGAGUCAAAGCGGGAGUGAUCCCGACCGAUCUCAACGCAGUGUUUCAAGAAGAUGUGUGUAAAGGUCGAGGCGACCAGGUUUUGUAACGUUUUAGAUUGAUCCAGUAAUGAUGAUGAUGAAUACGAUGGUUUUAGUAGUUAGCACCACGAGGCAGACUUUGCUCUAUAAGAAGUAAAUCGAACGCAAGAUUCCGCUACAACCAUGAGUGUUGUCUCACUGGGUUAUCGGGGGAUCACCCAACAACCCUAACUUGCUU